UCGCUCUUUGGUCGCGUCCCAGCCAUGGGGCGGGGUCUGGACGAUGGCCAAUACGCGGUCCCUUUGGUACCCAAAAAUGUCAAUUGCUGCCAGCCCAAAGAGACUAAACAAGAUCAGCAGCCAGCGAGCCCAUUGCCUGGCCCCCUGUCGCCUCCGUCGCCCACAAGGUGCGCGCUAGCAGUGCGGCCGGGGGCCUUCGGUCGCUUGGUGUCUAUGCCAUCUGUCCCAGUGACAUGGGCGGGGUAUCAACGACGGUUUUUGGCGCGUGCUUGUCGAAACUCAAUUGACCGGAAGCAUUUCAGGGCCCAACUCAAUUCUGGACCUGUGCAAAGUAAACAACAUGAAUCUAGGGAUGCGAUUAAAAAGGGCCCUCUUUGA